AGAGUUGCAUUUAGUUUGUGAAAGGCCCUUCACUUUCCGUCAAGACCCAUGUGUCCUCUGGCCUCUGUGGAGAGAUGUGAAUCCUGCAAGAGGACCUUAGGCAUGAAUGCCUUCCUGCUGCAGGUAGUCACUGUGGGCCGUGCACUGGGCCAGGCAGGGUGUUAGCCACCAGGGAUACCGUGAGACCGGACCAGCAAGAGCCUUCUCAUGGAGCUCCCUGGCUGGUGAGUUGAAAUCAGGAAUCAGCAGGCAGGCACGUUCAUAGAGGAGGUAGUUACUCAUAGUAGCCAACAUGCACACAGCGCUUCUAUAUGCCACGGGCUUUCUGGGUACCUUACGAUCCUUGAACAGGCCAGUGUGAUGGGGUUGUCAUUCGCCCCAUGGUGCAGAUAAAGAAGCAGAGGCACAGCGAGCCAGAACGAGACAGAGGCCGGAAAAUCCAGGCCCCGAUCAGUACACUACGUUGCCCCUUGUGGCCCACGCAGGCCAUCACGGGAUGCAGAGGGCAGAGGUGUGGUGUAUUUGGGAUGGGGCAACUGGGAAGCCUCCUUGACAUGGUAACAGGGAAGGCCAUGCAAAGAUCCCAGGACAAAACCGCAUGUGCAAAGGUCCUGGGGUGGGAACCGGAAAGAGGCCAGUAUGGCUGGAGUGUGGUGAACAAGGGAAGGAGGUGGGAGGUUGAGCAGGCCUCGUAGGGUUGUAAUUUGAGGUGAGUCAGUGAUUCAGUCGAUACUUUAAAAAAUUGCUCUGGCUUCUGGGUGCAGAAUAGACUGGGGGAGGGGAGUCCAUGUGCCAUGGAGGAAGUAGGGAUAUGGGGAGGACAAGUAGGCGAACCCUUUGGUCUUGAGGGAUGACCCCUGGGUGUCACCCAGCUCUGCCCUGCGAAGGCAGGACCCCCAGCCAGCCACCCACCUUGGGUGUCUGCGGCCAAGACCUUGGGCUGCCAUGUAGGUCUGUCUCCCAGUAGACUUUUCUUGCUAUUUCUUUUCUCCCUGUCUCCACACUAGCUGCCAUCAUACAAAUUGAAUUUACGUGCUCAGUGUCAGCCACUCCAGAUCAUGUAAUAAAUGAACACCGACGACUUCGAACCCCUCAUGCCUUGCCUGGUCAGCAGAGCUGGAGUUUGUUGAGAUCGCCAUCAUCGUGGUGGUGGUGAUGGUGAUGGUGGUGGUGAUCACGUGCCUCCUGAGCCACUACAAGCUGUCGGCACGCUCCUUCAUCGGCCGGCACAGCCAGGGCAGGAGGAGAGAAGAUGCCCUCUCUUCGGAAGGAUGCCUCUGGCCCUCGGAGAGCACGGUGUCAGGCAACGGCAUCCCAGAGCCGCAGGUCUAUGCCCCUCCGAGGCCCACCGACCGUCUGGCCGUGCCCCCCUUCACCCAGCGGGACCGCUUCCAUCGCUUCCAGCCCACGUACCCGUACCUGCAGCACGAGAUCGACCUGCCGCCCACCAUCUCGCUGUCGGACGGGGAGGAGCCCCCGCCCUACCAGGGCCCCUGCACCCUCCAGCUGCGGGACCCCGAGCAGCAGCUGGAGCUGAACCGCGAGUCCGUGCGUGCCCCCCCGAACAGAACCAUCUUCGACAGCGACCUGAUGGACAGCGCCAUGGUGGGCGGCCCCUGCCCCCCCAGCAGUCACUCGGGCAUCAGCGCCACGUGCUACGGGGGUGGCGGGCGCAUGGAGGGGCCGCCCCCCACCUACAGCGAGGUCAUCGGGCACUACCCUGGGUCCCCCUCCUUCCAGCACCAGCAGAGCAGCGGGCCGCCCUCCUUGCUGGAGGGGACCCGGCUCCACCACGCACACAUCGCCCCCCUGGAGAGCACAGCUGCCUGGAGCAAAGAGAAGGAUAAACAGAAAGGUCACCCUCUCUAGGAUGCUGGGGCCGGGGCCGGGGCCGGGGCAGCAGGAGGUAAAAGGCGAAACACUCCGCACUUCUUGAACGAGAAGACAGAGGAGGACUGGGCGGCACCCACAACAUUCGGCGCGUCACCAUCCCCUCCCCCUCUCUCUGUGUAUAAAUAUUUACAUGUUCUGUCUGGUCUGAAUGCACAAGCUAAGAAAGCUUGCAAAAAAUCACGUUUCUUUGUUGAGCUGUGUCUUGAAGGCAAAAGAGAAAAAAAAAAACCCCACAAAAUCUAUCCUAGUCUUUUCUGUUUCUAGUUGAGCUGCGUGCGUGAAUGCUUCUUUUCUUUUGUUUGUUUAUGAUGAUUUCACUUAACUUUAAAGACAUAUUU